CGGCUCAGCUCACAGGAGUCCAAGGAAGCCAUCCUGGGCUGCGUGUUGUGCAUCCUAAACAUGCACAAGCGGGUGGACCAUUAAAAGUCUCACACUUCUGGUGAAGUAUAGACUUUGGACAAUUUUAGCGACUUACUAAGCGAAACCAUGUCAGAGAGUAUUGUAAGGAAAGUUCAACCGUUCACUAUUGGGACUAAACUUUCGGCGCCACCCGUGCCAGAUGGUUAUUUGCCAAAACAGACAUUCACGAACAACUGCAAACUCCGACACCUGAACGAACAGGUGUCUCUGUAUCUCGGUCGGUCUCAGGUGUGCGACAGGCGCUGUGGACCUCCAACAACCCCUGUGAACCUUGUGAAUCAUCACCUGGACCACCUGAACAGAAACACGGUCUCUCCAAACGCAGCGUCCAGAUCUAUUCGUAAGAUCACUAUAUCUAGCAACCUGGAGGACAGACUUCCUCCAAGGAUGGAGUUGAAGAAAAUAAGCCCAAACUCAGAGAAUAAAAACAACAAUAAUAACAUAACACAGCUGCCGAAAAUAGUGGGUGUGAGCUGCGAGAAUAAACCAAACUCACAUUUCAAGGUGUUGCUAUGCAAAGACAAUGAAAAGCAGUGCAGUGGUGACAGAGAGAAAUUAUCUUCUUCACAGAUCCAGUUUUUAAAAAGAAAUGGCGUUGCAACGUCGGUCAGUCCACCCUGUGAGCACAAGGACGUGUGUGUGGUUUCAAAAGCUACAUCGGUGCAGAAUGACCACAGUUUCAUCCAACAAAAUGCCCUCUUCAACAAAGAGAUCACUCAGGCUGAGGCGUGGAUGAGAGCGAAGCUACGAGACCUGAGGGAUGGCAGCAAUGUCCAGAGAUGUCUUAUGAUAGGCUGGGACGAAGUGCGUCAAAACCUGCAGAGAGAUUUGAAGGACUUUGAGAUCACCGUUACACAACUCAGCCAGAUGGGCGAGCAGCUAAUGUGCAAGCUUAACCCGACCUCUGACCUGGUAAAGAAACAGCUGGCUCAACUCCACGACCAAUGGAGCGCACUCAAACAGACGGCAGCCAGUCAAAUAAAGGCGAUGGGCGGAGCUAAGAGUCUCCAGGAGUUUAAUAUGAAGGUGGACCGUCUGGAAGCCUGGAUCAAAGAGAAGCAGGAAGAGGAACAAUCGCUGGCCAACAUCCUUGGGGAAAACAUUGACAAGAUGCAGCUGACCAGGAAGAUCCUCGAUUUAAAACAGGAUGAGCUGCUGUAUCGUAAUCUACACGAGGAGAUCAAUCAUAUGGCAAUCAGACUGGAGAAACAGGGGAGGACGGAGGGAAAGAACAUCUCGACCCGCAGAAAACACAUCAACAAAACGUGGCUGAAGGCUCAGUCUCACUUGAAGGACUAUCAUGAGAAUCUUCAACUUGCUCUGGAAGUCUCGUCCUUCUACCAGCAGGCAGAUAAUGUUGUCUGUUCCAUUAAUAACAUGAGAAAAAGCUUCUCUCUACCCAAUGGUGUGGAACCCAGCCGAGACGGCGAGAUUCGGGAUAUUGCCAGUCAAAUCAUGAUGUUGGACGUGACCGCAUCUCAGCUUUUGAACCUGCACCCAGUGUUGGUGUCGAGGGUCACACAGAAGCAAAGUGAGGUGAAGGACUGCUGGGGUCUCCUCCAGAACGCUGUCAGGAAUGAAAAGGCAACUCAACGGCCCUCCAUCUCCUCGUUAACCAGGGAAAGUAGUGACCCCGAAACCCCAAGCCAAGAACCACCCGGCAGCGUGGGAACAGACCAAGGGAGAAUUAUGGGAAAGGAGGUGAAGGAGGAACUGAAUCGUCUGAAGGGGUUUACGGGUGGGAGAGACUGCGAGCGCCACGGUAAGCCUUCAGACUGCCAAGAUGACAUGCAGCGAUAUCCAGGAGGGAGCCCAGUACCCGUCUGUGCCAGCGAUGUUAUCGUCAAACUGCAGACAACAAUUAAAAGUGGGAACCCGUUGGCGCCCGAGUCCAGGGGCCACCCAGCGCUCCACACGCAACUCCAGAAAUUCACAGUGUCGGCGGACAAGACUCUGUCCUGGCUCAAAGAUAGUGUUGCCAUGGCCACUCAAAUCUGCAGCUUGUCCGGGCCGAGGGGUUUUGAAGCAGCCAAGAGACGUCAGGCCUCACUGGAGCAGGACAUCCUGUCCAACAGAGCCAGAAUAGAACUGGUCAAGAGGGAGGGUCACAGUCUGGUUCGAGCUCAACACCCGGGCAGCACAAAGAUCCAGGAGUUUCUGAGUCAGCUGGAAGUUUUGUGGGAGGAGCUGAAGAGUAGGCAUCAGAGGAACGGACUGGUGCUACAGGUCUCAGAGGAGCUCAACUGCAGGGUGGUGCGGGUGCUGCAGUCUUUAUGCAGUCUGGAGGCGUGGUUGGAGGCGGUGGAGUUGUCCAUCAGACAGGCGUCUCUAGCGGGUGACCCAGAGUCUGUGAGCGUGGCCGAGCAGGAGAGCUGUCAGCUGGAGCGAGAACUGCAGGACAGAGGUCUAGAACUGCAGAACCUCAGACAGGAAGUGCAUCAUCUGAGCAGUCAACGACACCUGCACACUCAGCUGCUACCUGCACGCCUCAAAGAUGUCAAGGAAAAGUUCAGCAGUGUUCAGGCAGCACUGACCCAGCAGAGCUCUAAACUGAAGGACACUCGUAUGCUCACAGAGUUCCUGGAGAAGGUGGAACUGGAGGAGAGCCACUACUGCACCGUCGGAAAGCCCCUGUGUGGAGAUCUUGGCUCGGGACCAUCUCUUCUGAGGGAUCGUGAUGAACCCCUGAUGGAGAGCAUUGGAAACCCCGUGGAGGAGCUCAGAGAAGCUGUGGAGAUGCUGAAUGACACGGCGCGAGAGAGAGGACGCUCGCAGUCACAUGACCAGAGCAUCCAGGAACUUCUGAGCAGGCAUUCCAUGUUGUCUGCACGGGUCGAGCAGUGUCUGCAGCGUUGUGCAGAACUCGCUGUAGACGUGCUGGAGAUGGAGAGUGAGAUUGCCGUCAGAUGCGAGCCAGAUCGUUGCGGACUGGAUAGACUGCAGGAGGACCAGGACCAGCUGGAGUCAGAAAACAAGGUGUUGAAGGUGGAGAUGGAAGCUGUGCAGAAUCUGUCUGCUCGUUUGACAGAUGUGUGUCCAGAGAGAAUGCACACAGUACAGACUGACAUACACACCAGCCUGCACACCUGGCAAGAGCUUGUCAAGAGUGUAGCGGAAAACAGGAGGAGACUCCAACAGUUUGACCUGCUCCGGCAGUUCUUCCGAAACUACCUGGCAAUGAUCUCUUGGACUGAAGACACCCGUUCCUGUAUCUUCUCAGAAAGUGCUCUGCGUCAAAGCCGAGAGAAUCAGGAGCCGUUGGUUGAGGUUCUGGAUCGACAGAUUGAACAGAAGUUUGAGGAAUUCGAUCAGCUCACUGUCACUGAGAAGAAGCUUUUUGGUGACGAACACCAUCUGAACAAAAUGAUCAGCGAGAGGAUGGAGGAGCUCCGGAGCAUGCUGGGAUGGAUCCUAGUCCAUUGGAGGGCUCAGAAGGAUCAGCUGUUGACCAGAAAGAAAACUGAGGAAGCCCACACAGAUGCCAUUUAUUCAGAAGCCACCUGUUGCACCCUGCAGCCGCAGCUGGAAACCUCGCCAGAGGAAUCUCAGAAGAGCUUAGAGAGCUUAAGUGUGCUUCCUGUUGAUCUGGAGGAUAGUUUACAGCACAAUGAUGCAUAUGAAGUGAUGAAGAGCAUCAGUCCUAGAGGAAGUGAUGUCAGUAGUAACAUAGAGAGGCCUGAUUCACCCUACCUGAUGCUGAAGGAGCCUAGUUCUUCGGCUCUAGGGGGCACUGUUAACCUCAUCCUGAGCUUCAGUAACUCUGGAGACACACAAAUCCAGGUACAGGAGCCUGGCGGGGAGGGUGACGUACCGGUGCCCGAGCCUGUGCACAGGCUCGCUGAGUCUUACUCUUCUGCCUGUAAAAGCUUUUGGAAACGCUGCCAGGGGCUUUUUGGUAGUUUAAAGCAAAAGAAAAAGAUCUAUCGACACAGUACAGAAGAGGUAAGUACUUACUUGCAUGUUACAGACAACAACACAGCAAUAGCCCCAGUUUAUGAGAGUAUGACGCUGCCCAGAAGCAAAGCCCAGCGGCCCUCCUCCUCCUCCUCUCCCAGGACCUCCCCAUACACUUUCUCCUCCCACUGUACCUCCCCAUACUCCACAUCCUCAAAUGAAGAUGCCCUUAAACAGGCCAACAACUCCCUUCACCUGCUGCCAAAAAGUGGCAACAUCUCUAUCUUCAGCAGCCUGAAGAGGAAGAGUAAGAAAAGGAAGAUGAAAGAUGACCGUAGGCACACCAUUCAGAAGAUCAUGGGAGAGGAGCCUGAAGAGGAGGUCACUUUGCCACCUGUAUGUGAACCAUCGACGUACAAUACACAAACUUGGCCUCUGAAGGAAAGGAAGAAGCGUAAAAAUGCAACGAAACCAAAGAGCGAUGGUAUCCAGGUCUUGGAUUACAUGAAGAACCCUUUGGUGCAAGACAUUGAUGCAGAAUGUUCCCAAGAGGUUGGAGCUCCAGAAGAACACCUCAGAAUUACCACCCAAGGACAUGUGAAGAAUCACUACAGGUUCCUCUCGUUGGGGUCGGUCUUAAGCUUCGACCUGCCAAAGGAUAUGAGCCUCAACCCUAGCAUUCAAGAUGUCAUUACAAUUGGACCUGCUGAGCCAAAGAAGAUAGAUCCUCAUAACCAGGACUCUCAGUCUGAGCGUCCUAUAGCUCUGAGCACCUUCAAAUUAGCACGUUCACCCCCAACACAAAAAGAUGAGCUCAAGCACACAUCUCCAGGUGAAAUCACCCUUAGGAUUGACUGUAAAGAUGCUAAAAACAUCAGCAUUGAAACUGUCUCGUUUACUGAAGACAAAUUUCCUCCUCCACCUUCUCCAGUCAUUAAAGACAUCUCCACUGAGGGGAACCACACCUCUUUAUCCAGGGAUCUGAUUGAUGUUCAACUAAAACAUCACUCUGGGAUCAGUAGGCUUCCCAAAGAAGAGGAAAUCAAUUGGGACACAAUGCCAACUCAACUUAACUACAAAGAGAACCCUCAAGAUAUAGGCCAAGGCACAGCCAACCACAGUCACAGCUCAACUACUGCAGAGAUUCAUGUCCCAUGUCCCAGUGUCCAUACUUUGAUUCACAAUCUUAACGGACACAUGUUCCACAAGCCAGCCAAGACCUCAAGCUCUCAACCAUUGAGAGACAGUCCCAACCCACCUCAGAACCAUGCAUCUCACGUGGUUAUGAACUUUGGAGCCAAUGGAAGGAACGACUCUGUGGACUCUGGACACUCUAGCUCUGGAAGCUUCAAGCUAUGUGCUGAGGGUCCCUUCCUUGAAACCUCAGAGUGUCCAAUGUCCAAGAGGACAAUGGCAAAGGUGCCAUCAGAUGAGGCAGAAGUCUCCAACAAGAACUUAGAUUGCUCCAUGCAAAAGAGCCUUGCAUUAACCAUCGACGAUCCUGUCCACCCUGACCACCAACAGUUUGAGCAAGAAGAGGAGGAGUUGGAGGACAUCUGGAAUCACACCAACAGCUAUCGACAGAGUGUAUGUUCAGACAUCAUGUAUAACAGUUAUCAGGCUUUCCCAGCAAGCUCCUCUCCAGAAAAGAAUAGGGAGUCCUCACCCAAGGAUCAAGCGGUACUCUUCAGGAAGUUGGUUACUGCCUCUGCACCUAAUCUUCUUGUGGCAGAGUUAAAAUUGCCAUCAUCUAUCCAGACUUUAGUGGGUUGUGGGAAGCAGCAGGAUGCAAGGGAAGAAGCUCUGGGCAAUGGGAAUAGAAGGUCUUGGGCUGCAUUCACUCAACCAGAACAGGUUUACAAACAUGUUGCUGUUAAUGAAACCGCUUCAGAUCUUGUUAAACUGCCAGAAAUAGAGGACCAGCAAAAGUAUAUCUACCAUUAUAGAGAGGAGGAGGAAGAUGAGGAGGAGGAAACAGGGUUUCUGAAGGACAAGUCUAUGAGCCUCCUGUCUGUUCAUAUGGGUUUGGAGACAGAUGACUCUGAUAUCCAGAGUGGUAGGCAAGAACUGCCAUCUAUGGAAGGCACACUGGAGAGAAAACAUAAACUGCAACUGGGGGGAAAGAAGGCCCUGUGCAGGACAUGGAACUCUUACCAUGCCAUCUUGUACAAACAAACAAUGUGUUUCUAUGAAGACAGGAAAGAUAUACUCAGGAGCUGUGCGACCAGCCUGCCUCUGAAUCUAAUCGGAGCAGUGUGUGAGCCAUCACCAGAGUACACCAAAAAACCCAACUGCUUCUGCUUGAGAUUGCGUGACGGAUCCGAGUAUCUCUUAAGUUCCUCCUCACGAUUUAUGAUGAAGAAAUGGAUCCUUAGAAUCCAAGCACACACUGCAUCUGGUGAAUCUGGAGUGAACACAUCAUGUCACAGACCCUCAGCACAAACUCUGCGCUCCAGACAUUCCCCAUCUAUCAAUGUCUGUCAGUGUGCAGAUAAAUGUCACUGCUCCAUGAGAAAUUAUGUCAGCUCCACCGUUUUAGCACAGAGUCAGUCUGCUUUAGGAAGAACCAAAGAAAUCAUCGUCCACACCACUGAUGGUUUACAGACCCUUCAGAGGCCUCAGGACCUGUUGCUCACCUCAUCCUCAGGUGCAGGCCAUUGUGAGGGUGAAUUUGACUUUCAUGGUGAAUCUCUGAGACAGAAGCUGUCCUCUGUGUCCACCAUUCAGGGUUGGACCAGUGAAAAGAGACGCUCACACUCCUUUACCUCAGCCACAUACCAGAGGAUAAAGCCUGUAAUAGCACCACCUACAGGCAGAGGCCAGGACAACAGCUCCAGUUAUUCUGUGACUUUAUUCAUUGGAGACAGAGAGAUGCCAUCGGUCUCUACAAACACUAUGUUGGCUCAGACAAACGCCGUCAGAUCGGAGUCGAUCUCUGAACUUCCUCUACGGAACUACACGAGCCUCCCGCGACCACGGAACAAGUCCGUCUUCAGGAAGUUCUUUGGGAAAAAAGAGUGACGCAUUGCAAGAGAAACACUGUCAUGUGCAGGACACAAGUUUGAAGCGUCUUAAAAAGCUUGUUUUUUUCUUAUACAUAUUUAUGGAUCAGAUGGCAAGAACCAUUUUUUAUAGUUUUAAAUGAGAAAUCAUAUUUUUGUGUUGCUGGAAGUUUUUUCGGGUGAACUAUCCCAUUUAAUCUCGACGUUUUACCGUGCUGAAAUGGCUUGUAAGAAAGCGCAUGUUGAUAAAUGAGUGUGGUUUGCUGUGGACAGACUGACAGCUAUAAUGUACUGCAGUAAUUUAUCUACUGAUAUGAGACUUUUGAUACCUAAUAUGUUCAAUAUUCCCACCACAUUCCUUUUGAGGUGGUCCGGUCUGUUUUCAAUUUAUGUCUCAAUGUUUUUCAUUUUUGUGGAUUGCAGUUUAUUUUGAUUAAUAUCUUACAAUUUCAAUAUGACCAGUCAUUUUCUUGAGGUUAUGGCACAUAGUAUUUGUCAUGGUUUCUAGUGUUAAGCCUUAAAGGAACAGUUCACCCAAAAAAGACAAUUCUGUCAUCAUUUAUUCCAGACCCAUUUUUGGGGGAACUAUUUCUUAAACAAGUGUUUUUCCAGACUCCAUAUGAUUCAUACUUUCACAGACUAAUUCUAGCGUUGCUUUCUGUAUUUAAACUAAUGCAGUGUGUCUUGUGUGUUUUAGAAGGAAGUUUGUUUUAGUACAUAUUUUUUUUAGCUUUUGUAUCCUUUGAGUCAAAUGUAUCAUACAUCUGAAUCAAUGCUUUCAGACUUAACUUCACUGUUUAUCCAUUUCAAAAGUAAUACAAAAGAUUUCAUAAUGGGAAACAUUUUUAGCACUGGUUAUGGUAUCAUAUUAUUGAGCGAGAUUUGUUUGUACUAGGGCUGGGCGACAAAAUAAUCAUAUUUAAUCAUUUACAUUUAUGCAUUUGGCAGACACUUUUAUCCAAAGUGACUUACAGUGCACUUAUUUCAGGGACAAUCCCCCCCAGAGCAACCUGGAGUUAAGUGCCUUGCUCAAGGACACAAUGGUGGUGGCUGUGGGGAUCGAACCAGCGACCUUCUGAUUACCAGUUCAGUGCUUUAGCACACUACACCACCACCACUCUGGUUAUAUGAAUAAUAUUUGUGAAAUGCCACAUGGAGACUCCCGUGAACAUUUUUGAUUGAUGAUGCAAAUGAAUCAGUGAAUCUGAGUUUUAAAGCGAUUCAUUGAAUCGUUCAUCCUUAAAGGAAUAUUCCGGGUUCAAUACAAGUUACGCUCCAUCGACAGCAUUUGUGGCAUAAUACUGAUUAACACCAAAACUCCUUGUAAAAAAAAAAUUCAUUAAUUCAAUGAAACGGAGAAUUAACACUGAUUCACUAAAAAUGAAUCGUUUGUCCAUAACUCCUAACACAGUUUUUGCUUCUGAAGUUGCAUAAAAAGAGUUCUUGGGAAACUAAUAUUAAGUGUAUUAAAUUGUGUGUGAUAUUCACAAUAUUGUUUAAUUUUACUAUUAGCAAAAGUCAAAGCAUAUAUGUUGUGAACACUCAGUAUAUCACCCAGCCCUAGUUUGCACACCACUGUAUAAAUCAACGAGUGAUUUUAGCUUCUACGAUAGUGAAGAAAUGAGCUGUUUGUUUUUGUUUGAUGCCUGUUUUAAUGAUCUGUUCUAGAGGGCACAAUCACCUCCAAUUCAACACCCUCCUCUCGGUCUCUCAAAUGGGAUUGGGAUUUCAAAAGUGCUGAUAUGGCAACUACAGAUAAACAGCCUAAAGAAGCCUCCACAAUAAUCAUUAAAAACAGCGAGGGAGUCUCAGCGCCCAAAUCCAAAUCCUCAGAGGUCGAUGGUACACUCGUGUUUUGCAUAUGAAAAGCCAUCAUGACUGCGAGCUGGAUUCCCCUCCAAUCCCUUUAAGCUUUCAAAGAGUCUGUGCAUACAUAAUUGGUGUGUAUUUCAUGUUGAAACGAUAAUAGGAGACAGUACAGUCGCCACUCCAAAUUAACCAAACAAGGAUGCGAAACAAAAGAGCAUCCGUGAUAAAUCUGAGCACCCCGGGCUGGUUUAAAUUCAGAGAGAUAACAGCAGGGGGGUGAAACUGCUAUACACAAUGGCUUUCACCACACGGUCAAUGCAGGAUUAGUAUGCAUUAACUACUUGAAAUGUGCCAAGUGCUAAUGGAUAGAUGUAUUUUUUAAUGGCAUCAUCCAAACUCUCCAUUACGCAAGUCUGUGUCAAUAUUCCAGUCAAGUGUGAAUAAAGCCUGGUCAUAUAGAGGAGAUCAGGGCUAGUUUUCACACUUUUUACUCCAGUGAACAGUACAUUUCUAUAGUCAAUUUCUUCAUAGACAAAAAUGGUGCCUCAAUCUCACCAUAGAAAAAAAUGAAAUAAGAAAUGUAAUUCUGAUUUAAUGAUCUGUGAGAUUAUUUUUUUGCAAUUGCAACUUGAUUUCUCAAAAUUGCACCAUUUUACUUGGAAUUGUGACUAUUUCUCGGAGUAGUGUCUUCAUUUCUCGCAAUUGCGACUUUGGCAGAAUUACAACUUUACAUCACAAUUGUGAUAUUUUUA